AUGGCAGCGCAGAGAGGGGCUGACCGGGCGUGGCUGCGCGUGCGCCUGUACUGGCGCGCGUGUGCGCGGAAGCUGAGAGCAGCGCUCCUCGCGGUUGAGCACGGAAUGCGUUCUUAUUCGCGGUGUGCGUCAUACUUGUGGGCAGUACUGGGAGCCAGCUUGACGCUGUUCCUGUGGAUUCGGACAGCCAAUAUCCGCGUCGAGUUGCCUGUGUUUAGCCCGGGUCAGGGGAUGUACGACGAUCCGGAGCUUUGGUUUCAGGACGUUCCGGCCGUGGAUGGCGGAGUUCCUGAGCGGGGCACCGACCAGUCAUUCAGGCAGCUGUACGGGAGGCGCUGGGCAAAGGAGGUCCUGGACGCCGACCUCUACGACAGGGACGGGUUUUCCCCGUGGCAGUUUGUGGUGCUAGGCUUCCACAAUUCUGGGGCAUCGAUGGUUGCUCGGCUGCUGAUGCUGAUGGGAGCCUGGACAGGGAAACCGGAGGAUCUGUACAUGGGAGACAACCCGGCGAACGUGGGCAGGAAAGAUGUGUACGCGCUCAAUCAGCGGGUGAUGGAGAUCAACUCUGCUCAGCUGUAUCCGGCCUGGCUGGGUUUUGAUUGGGACCACGAAUCUUUGACGGAGUACGACAGAUUCAGGUUCAAAAGGGAUGCGAAGACUGUGGUCAGGCGGCUGGGUGAAUACAGCCCCUGGGUGAUGAAAGAUGCCUGCCUGUGCUGGACGAUUCCACUGUGGAUGGAUGUCCUGCAGGCCCCUGCGUGCGUUUUGACGUACAGGAAUCCCUUUGAAAUGGCCGCAAACUUCACAGAAUACUUCUCUGGCUGUCCCCAGCUGGAGUCAGCGUCCCGCCUGUACAUGCAACAGUGGCAUAAAGCCAUGUUGGACUCCAUCAGGGCUUGUGUCGGGGUCCCCACCAUGUUGAUGCCAUCUGUGCUGGGUAAGCCCAAGAAUUUUCACUGGUUUAUGCACAUCGCAUCCAGGCAGUUGUCAUCCAUGGGACAAAGGAACACGUUCAUGCCCACGCAGCGCGAUCUGAAAUCAAGUUAUUUUAAUCGAACCUUCUUGGGCUCCAUUCAGGCAAAGUCAAAGAAGACAACGGGCAGUUGGAAUUGCUCAGGCGUUUCUGGCUUCCAUAACUCCAGCGGACUUACCCAAGCAGCUGGUGGGCAGACACUCGGUGAUGCUGUAAUGCGAAAGAUGCAGGAUGUCAAGGAGGAAGAUGUUGUUCAGAUGUACCUGGACUACUGGGGUCAGGGCAAGCCCAGGCUGUGGAUCCCAGCACAGGUUGAAAAUGUUGGGGAACCUGUGGUCUCUGCCAAUGGCAAUGAGGAGGCCAUGAUUCGAAUGUGGGAAGAAAUGCUGGAGAGGGUGGUGGUGGUGGAAGAAGACUUGAAUCCUUCAAAUCUCGCUCAAAGCAUGCUGGACAAAUAUGAGGAAAUCCGUGAGCAAUUUAAUUGA